CCGCCUCCUUGCCACGCAGGCACUGCGCUUCCGGCGAGGCUCCGGGACCAGGUUUCAAAGGCGGCAGCACCUCGGUCUGGCCUGAAAUUGUCCGGAGUGUGAUGGCUAGCAAAAUAGGACCAGAGCAUCUCUUCAAUCCAGGAACAGAAGUGGAGGCAGCAGGAACAGUUUUGGGUACCAAGAUCUCCAUCCCGGCUCUCUUGCCCCAAGGCCCUGCUAAGGAAUGGCUGGAGCAGCGUCGGGCCACCAUCCGACCCUGGGCCAACUUUCUGGACCAGCGCCGCUUUGGGAAGCCCCGGAAUUUUGGGGAGCUGUGCAAACGGCUCGUGCGCAACGUUGAGUAUUUCCAGAGCAACUACGUCUUCGUUUUCUUGGGACUCAUCGUCUAUUGCCUCAUCACAUCCCCUCUACUCCUGAUCGCUCUCGCUGUCUUCUUUGGGGCCUGUUAUAUCAUCUACCUGAAAACACAGCAGUCACAACUCGUUGUGUUUGGGCGGGAACUCAGUACAGCCCAUCAGUAUGGCCUGGCUGGAGGCAUUUCUUUUCCAUUUUUCUGGCUGGCAGGAGCUGGAUCAGCUGUUUUCUGGGUGCUGGGUGCCACCUUGGUAGUUAUCGGCUCCCACGCUGCCUUUCACGAGCUGGAAUCUGGAGACACCGACGAACUACAGAUGGAGCCGGUGUGAAGAGCCCGGUGGACGUCAGCUGGCUCCUUCCUCUCCCUAGUGCAUCCUCUGCCUCGAUGUUAUUCUUCUAUUGCCUCUAUAUAUACUGUUGAUGUUUUACUGAGUUUCUCUCAGCAAGAGCCUAAGUUACAGGCUCCCUUCCGGUCCUUUAAACCUCAUCUUGGUGCUGUUCUUUUAAGACUAACAUCUCAUUGCUAGACCCUCCCUUUCCACAAGUUCCUAGAUCCUCUCUUGGAUUUUCUUCUCUGGGACAUGCUGUAACGCUGCUGUUACUUUCCCCCCAUGGUGAGAUCAUCAACACGUGAAUUCAUUUCAUAACAGCCAAGCCUUGGAGGUUUCAGACCAAUAUCUGAGUGCAGCCUCUUUUUCCCCCCUCUAACCAGUAACAUUAAAGGGAAAAAAUGUUAUUA